UGCCUGAGCGUGUUGAUCAUCAAAUCCACCUUUCGCGCUCUUCUGUUCUCGGUUCUCAAUAACCAGCACCAUUGCUGAAGUGAAAGCGAAUUACCGUAAGUACUGUGCAGAACGAUAACAACUUCAACACAAAUCCGACUACAUCCAUAUCAUCCUCUUAGCAAUUCAUCAUCUUCGUGACACCAACUGACAGCGAAGCACUAGAUUUCGACAACAAGAUCGAUCUGCGCUCCUUUGGCCGAAGAAAAAAUUUCACGGAAAGCUUUUCGAUGAAGUGUGAGGACUGUGGCCUUUAGAAAGUCAAAACAGCCGGACUAGCAAUAAAGGUAGAGGAGAGAGACAGAGAAGCGAUAGAGGAGAAACGCCUAUCCUCUGUUUUGUUCCUCCAUCAUGGCCAGCAAGACCGGAUCUUACCUGAGGAAAAGCGAUCGGCAAAGAAUUCUCCGGGAUCUUCAUCAAAAGGGAGAGCUUGAAGAGGCCGAUGUUCCCGAGUCUGUCCGGAAAGAAGUAGAAUCUGUCACGAUGGUGGAUGUCGAAUGCAAGCUAAAUCCCGAACCAGAAUCAUUCGGAACGGGAUGCUUGGCUUGCGGAAGAGACGACGACCACGCCAAUAUAAUUUUAUGCGAAGCCUGCGACGCAGAAUACCACACGUACGUUGUCUUUGUUGGUAUUGCUGCUGUUACCCACGCAUUGGCUUUAUGCCUGCGUUGGAAUGGAGGAAACACACAACAUUAACGUACCGAUUGCCCGCGUGUGACGCAUCCAUAGUGGAAGUAUUCUCGAGUGUAUACUUACCUUCUCUGUUUCAAUUUCUCGCUUUCGUAUUUACAAAUAUCAGGCACUGCUUGGAACCACCUCUAAGCUGCGUACCUGCGGGAGACUGGUAUUGCCGUACGUAACAUUGAUGAUUGCUGCUUACACUUUCCUUCGCUGCGAUUAUCGAUGAAAUUUUGGUGCCUACCUCCUUUUCUCUCUUAUUCAAUCAUUCUUGCUCAUUCUUUUCCCUUUGUCGUGACCGCAAAAACUUACGAACGAUAAGCCGAGUGCAAAGGACCAGCGGGCCAUGAGGACAGAGACGGCUUGGGCGCACUCGUCUGUGCUCUGCCGCCGAAAUUUACGUCGCGUUUUGGAGAAGUAUGCUGGGCGCAUGGAGGUACGUACUGGAUCCUUUCGGUUGCUCGCCAUUGCCGAGAUGGUAGAAUAUUUCUUUCGAUAGAUGCCAUCGACAAAGGUGGACGAAUCUUGAUAACCUUUCCGUCCGUAGGAAUGUUCGUCUUAGUACCAGAAAAGUGGGAUUGAAAUCAUUUGUUGCCAUUUUUUCAAAGCUCAUACUUGCUGUAUCGGCGAUAUCUCAUGUUACCAGGGGUGGGAUUUGGAUGGUGGGUAAGUUUUCUUUGAUUUCUCUGCACGUAUUGGUGUCAUGUGGAAAGUAUCUUUAUACAUUUGGAACUCUAAAAAGUUCGUCCCUUUCAGAGAUGCUAGUAAUGGAUGAUUGCUUGUUUCGAUCGAUAUUUUCUCAUUCCCAAGUUGUUUUCGCACCGACCAACGACGCUCACUCCAGCCAGCCAUCAUUUAUGAUCCUAGAUUCACAUCAGGCAAAGUUCGAGAGGAAGCAAAAAAGAGUUUGGGGAAGCGACAGCUAGUUUAUUUCUUUGCAUGCAAGGAUACUCCUUUUUCUGUUCUAACGAUGUCAAAGAUUACGAAGUAGGUGGAGACAAUAUUCGAUUGAUAAAUCAUUGGCUUUGCCGUAUUCCUGCUAACAAUUCUUAAUUCGCGAUUCGCUCUCUCCGUACUCAACGAUCUUCUAGAUGGUAUGAUGGUAUGAGCGACGAUUUCCACUUGGGCAAAACUGCACGCAGUUCCGGACAAAAGAGAACAACAAACUUCAGGGAAGCACUGCAGGCAGCCACAAUCGAAAUGGCAAAACCGAUUGAAAUGAGAAUGGACUGGAAGUACGUUAUUUCAGAUAUCAUAUUAUAUCCUGCUGAAAGCUUAAGAUAGCGAAUCACUGAUACUUGAUUUGUAGCUUUCGCCAACCAUCGACUCACUAUAUCUAUUUCCAUCAAAUUCUGGCAUCUUUCCCGGAUCAAUUGCCUCGGCGAAAAUCACAGCCACUCCGACCAGCCACAGAUUCUUCCAUCUCCCCAACCCAAAAAAGUUCCCCCGCCCAGAAAACGCAAGAGGCGGCAGCUUUCUCCGCAGCGCUCUGCAUCGAACAAGGUAUCCAGGCCCAAACCACGAUCCAGAUCCAGAGGCUUUCCGCUGAUACCGGACGAGACCGUGCAGGUCUUGACUCGAAGAAAUUUGGACUUUGCACUGGAGGGGCUGAGGAUGACAAACCAAAAUACGAGAAGCCUUGUCUACCCUAUCAUAGAGCCCUCGGAGGACGGAGAGCUUUUUGUGAAAAUCCUCCAGAAAGAAAGCCUUCCCGUGGAGGGACUGGAUGGAGAAACGCUGCCAAAUUCGUUCAAGAACGUGGGCUUUAUAAAACUGGCAUCGAGAAAAACGAAUACAUUUUCCGACGCUAGGUUGGUGAUUCAAGAAGAACUGGUACCGGACACCAUUUCUUCCGAUGCAGAAUGGAGAUUCUUUGUGCCGGGCCUGGGUCCGGUCAGCAGCAAACAAGAAACGAUCAUGGGACCAGUGUAUUCGUUCCUUCGCCAGACAACUCGCCACUCCAACCUCGGGGACGGGACACUGCUCCAUCCCCUGAAGGUGUUCAUUGUGGAGCUCAAAACUUCGGCAGGAACCAGCUCCGGUACCGAGCCUCCGACCACCGCUUCUGAAAAUUGAAUCACGGGUUGGAAAUAGAAGCGAGCAUCCGCCGACCAAAUCAGACUCCACACGCACGCACACAUGCACACGGCCGAGGCGAUCACGUCGGUCUCCUACUGUGUAGGGAGAUCCACAAUCUCCAUUACAAGGUUCCUUGUUCACGAAUACUAAGACAAGCCGGUAGUACAGAAAUUGUCCAAUAGCAAACGCAAUGCAUUUUGAGCCACCGUGUUUGUCGAUUUCUAUGGUUUCGUUUUGAGCCUCCAUGAAUUGUUGGACGUCGGUGCAGUUUUGUCGUUAUCUCACUGCAUGGACACAAAUCGCCACACCAGCGUCUACCCCGCUGUAGGGGUGCGGCAGAUGAUCGAUGUAUAUGCAACCUCGCGCCGUGGUAAGAGUUGCAUCGAGGUACGUUUCACAAGAAAACAGGUUCCGGAGAAGGCUUAAUCUAAAAGCAGUUGCUGCACCAGAGGGGAUGCACAGAACGUUUGAUGUUCUCAAUACUUAGUAUUAAUAGUCAAUAUUUUGUAAAAACUUGCUCCGUACAUAAACAGCGGAUGUACAUUCGCAUAUUGGAAAUAAGAUACGAAGGCAGUU